UAUCGCAGUUCACUGGAUCGCCGGACUGGCAGAUCUCGACACGUAGCACCACUGAGUGGCAGGCCGAUUUCGAAAUACUAGCAAAUGAAAUCGCCGCCGAGCUAUAUUUUCACACUACGCUGAACUUGAGCGCGAGUGCUAAUAGCACCGCAGCGGCCCUGAGCACAACCUUCGCAUUGGCGGGCUUGCAACUGGUCGUGACAUCGCUGUCUGUGUCAGAGCCAGAGAUGAAGGUCGUCACUGUCACCAUCACCUCUGAAACCACGAGCACUUCCGCCACAACAUCUACGGCAUCUUCGACUGUCAGCGAACUAGAGGGUGCUUGUGCCGUGCUCUACGGUCAGGGUAUCGUAGAUGGUGCUGACUGGAGUUUCACAUGCAGCAGCGGUGCGCUUGUUGAUUCCGACGUGGCGUGCCAGUUUCUUUGCCACGAGUGCAGUACUUGUAAUGCCUGGAUGACAGACAGCUCUGGAGACUUGAGAUGCUACCUAGUUGCUGGAUCGGUGGUGUGGGAGGCAGAUGCUCACAGCAAUGGUGGAUACGCCUGCUCGGCGUGCAGCGCAGAAGAAAUAAAUGCUCCAGAGCAAGACCGAUCUUACAGCAGCAUAUACAACGAAGAUGUGAUUGGGACAGGUCACGCCCGGUCAAUGCUCAACUCGGCACAGGCUUGGAGCCCUUGGGACGAUUCCCUCGGCCAUUGGAUGCAGAUGGACCUUGGGAGGGUUACGUGGGUCGCUGGAGUUGUGACGCAAGGCCCCCACCCCGGCGGCCCCGACACCAGCUCCAACCCAUCCACUUGCAACCAUCACGACCUCAACCACGGUCAUUACCGCCACUUUGACAUCCACCCAGACCAGCACUACAACACAGUGGCGGAUAUUCCUGGUAGUUUUACGACGGGCCCGCCUUCGCACUCGGGCAGUUGGCUUGUUCAUUGUGAUGGCGAGGCGAGGUUCUCGUGGUUAAGCCUGACCAUCAGUUACUUUGCGAUCAGCCCAACGCCCGCUCCACCGCCAGACGCGUGCGUGAAUUGGCGGCCACCGGGCGAGCUCGAGUGGCAUGAUUCCUUGGGGCGGACUUGCGCGCAGUAUGAUAAUCUAGGAUACUGUGAUGGAUUCGGAGGCAUCGCUGACGGUUAUGCGAAGUUUGGUAUGUCAGCUGAGCAGGCGUGCUGCGCGUGCGGUGGCGGCGACUUCACCUGCACUGACGACCCGUCUAGUUGGGCGCGUGGCUCGAAUUGUACAGAGGCAUGUGAUGAAUCGGAAGGGAGUUCGUUCAGCUCGAAGUACCCGUGCACGUGUGGGUCCACAUUGUGCUAUGACAACCAGGCGUGCACCCGGGCACAGGUGGACUUGGAUGGAGACGGCGCUUGCGAAUUUGAUGCGUAUUCCAGUGUAGCUGAGGUGACUGGUCCACCAUCUGGGCGAAGUAUGUGGCACGUACGCUGCGAUGGCUUGAUUGUGAAAGCGAACAUCACGAUCAGCCUCAGAGUCCAAACGUCCGCACCCGUUGCAGCCGCAGAGCCGCCCGAUGCAUCUUGUGCUGAGAUGGUGCCGUCCUGGUAUGAUUCCAAGGGGUACAGCUGCGAGCACUACGUCAGCAUGAACUGGCGCGUCUGGAUCCCAAAUUCGGUGACGUCUAUCGGUUCUUCUGCAUUUCACUUGUGCACUUCGCUUGAGCAGGUGGAGAUGUCCAACUCGGUUGUUGAGAUUGGCCAUUCUGCCUUCAGCUCUUGCACUUCACUCACGAACGUGGACAUACCCAGCUCGGUAACGUAUAUCGGCCCCUUCGCAUUUCACGAAUGCAGUUCGCUACACAGCGUUACCGUGUCCAUCUCGACGACCACAAUUGGCGAGCAUUCCUUCAGCGCUUGUACUUCGCUCGUCCACGUGGACAUACCCGAGUCGGCCCGUAUUACCCACGGCUCGGAAAGCCACACCUACUCCGAGGAGUCUAGAGAGGACUUUCACGAGUUCGGACCGUGCAGCGGCAUACCAGACGCCGCUGCCGUGCGUCUGGAGCAGAUGGAACACGGCCACGACCAGCUAGCCCAACAAGUCCACCGCCUUCAGGGCAACGUGGCGCAACUGGUGGUGUCCCAGUCCACGCUCACCGACACGGUCGUCAGAUUCGAGGGGGGGCUCACAGCGGUGGCAGCGGAACAGCAAUCGGCCGCCAGCGUUACUAAUGCCAUGCGCAACGACCUUCAGCAGUUUCUGCUCGCCCUACAGACAGGUGGUCUCACCAGUACCCCAGCUCAGGAGAACACUGCACCACCUCCCGUGGGCGGCAAGGUGGCCGAAGCCUCCAUACCAGCCACCGCCCAAGACGCCGAGGCGCCCAACACCGCAAUGACCCCCGACAACCUCCACGACCCCGAAUGGGCUCUCUUCACCCUCCGCGGCCGCUUGGAACCCAUCGCGGCGGCCUGGGCCCUGGGUGGUGACAGCGUGGACGUUAUGGCGGCAUGGCUGGAUGACAGCCUUACCUACGUGUCAAUAGUCUUGCACCUACCCCAGUUCGACCAGAUGUUCGCCAACGUUCCUACCCCCUAA